AUGGAGAGUUUUUGUCCGGAAUGCUUGCGUUCCGGCUUUUCAGUACCUUUAUUGAAAGUUAAGUCAUCUGCUGGUUCAAUAAACGGAAUCUGCUCCUCAAACAAGUGUUCAUACCCAUUUUCAGUGUACUCUGAUCUGCAGUUAUCACUUUGUAGAGGUGUAGAUGACCGUGCAUCUGAAGAAUCUCAAACGGUCCGUGGUUUUCUUGAUGAAUUGUUUGGUAUGGAUGUCAAAAAUGGAGACGAUGGAAGUUCGUUCAAAGGUGUUGACUCCUCUCACCUGUAUAGUGAUUGUGUGCCUGCAGGUUCCUCAUCUGGUAGUUUCGAUUUGAUUCAACAAGAUGUUUGCGACAGUUCUCCGGUUGACAAUCUCUUCCAAAACAACUAUAUGCUUCCAAGAUACUUAGCAGAUGACAUGAAAAGAAUUAUAAGUGAAGAUUUAUCCUAUUCAAAACGUUCACAGUUCCAAACUACGAGCAAUCCCCACAUGUUCGAAAAGUUCAAUCGGAGUAGUGACAGCGGAAUUUCAAUCUCUUCGCGGUCUUCUAAACCAUCUACUCUUAGCUACAGCGAACAUGUCGCCCAGCGGAUGUCAAACCAAAGCGAUGCUAUUUCAACCUCUAAAUCAGUUUCUAUAUCUUCUUUCCCACUUGACAAAACAAAGAAUAUGGCCCAUUUUGAUCGUAGUUCAGUACUCACUGAAAUGCAAUCUAUCGCGCAACGCAUACAUCGGUGUUGGAGAAAAUAUGAGAUCUUGAAAGCUGGCGUGUACAUAACAAUUGGUGCAACGUUUACCCAUUUUAUUCUAAAAUCGGAAGUUCCAAAAGUUUCAUUCUCACAGCCUGUAAAUGCAGCUGAAAUAAUUUACCCUUCUCUUGUUGGCGCCCCAAACCUCCCAAUAAACAAUGAAGCUUUUCAUACUUUGGGAAUGCCAUCAUCAAGUCAUCUUCGUGUUUUUGACGGCUAUAUAUGUGUUUAUGAUCGUCGCAACAGAAUUCCAUAUUGGGUAAUGGAGCAUUUAAACCCUGCUAAACUACAUCAAGUUGAUAUUGAUAAGGCUGGAGUAGAUCGUAAGGAUUUCGAUUUCUAUGAAGAUCUUGGUGAAAUUGAAAUGUUCCGUUCUACUAACAAAGAUUAUUUGAACUCUGGAUAUGAUCGUGGUCAUCUGGCCGCUGCAGGAAAUCAUCGCCUCAGCCAUUCAGCUAUGGGACAAACUUUUAUAUUGAGCAAUAUUGCACCUCAAGUUGGGUAUGGUUUCAAUCGGCAUGGUUGGAAUACCCUAGAGAAGUAUAUACGUGCGGUUGCAAGAAAGUCACACAAUAUGGUUGUUAUUACAGGACCAUUAUUUCUACCCCAAAGUGUAAAUGGCAAGAAAAUUGUGACCUAUGAAGUAAUUGGUAACAAUAAUAUUGCAGUUCCAACUCAUUUCUUCAAAGUGGCAGCUAUUCAAAAUAAACCAAAUGGAGAAUGGCAUCAAGUAGCUUGGGUAAUGCCCAAUAUUCGUUUACCUGAGCAAAUUAAAGUGGAUGGUUUUAGAGUUCCUGUUGAAAGUGUUGAAAGUGCCUCAGGCUGGAAAUUUUUCCCUAAACUUAAGUCUUAG